GUACCUAUUGUCCGUCUGUCAGUCAAUCAGCCAGCCCAGCCACUCGGCCCCGCAAAAAAGCAAUAUUUGUGAUUUCUAGCGAUUUUCUUUAGUGUUUCGAGAAAAAUCUAUUCAAAAUGAUGUCUCAGAGUGAUGCUGGGCAAUCUUCGGAUGAUGAAACAAUGAAACAGGUAUUCGAAAGUGGCAUGAAGUUAUUUGAAACCAUAGAAACUGGCAAAGAAGCGACCAACAGCGAUCCAGUUCAGAUGAGCAUAAAGGCUGCAAUAUCCAAGUUUGAGAAGUGCACCAACAUGGUGUCGCUGUCGGGGAUGUUCAGUGCCAACGAGAGCGUAGAGGAGAUCCCAACGGAGACCCUGCAGUACCUGCUGCUGCCCGCGCUGCUUGGCACACUCACACUCAAGCUGGUGGGCCGACAACGGUCAGACAUCAUUCAAGUUGCUGAAAUUUAUUUCAAAGACUUUCUACAGAGGUGCAAGGAUUAUGGAAUAACAGACAUAGAGAUUCCACAACCGGACCCCGAGGGCAAGAGUGAAAGACCACAGAGUGAACAAGCCAAGAUUGCUAGCAUGGUCCUCUCGAGGGAGGCAAAGAUCAAGCGUUACAAAGCAGCUAAGGAGCUGAAGGAAAAGAUCGUCACUCUCUCUAAGGCCAUGAAGCUGCAGCACACAGACGAGGAGAUCAAGCGAGAGUACUUCCUGACUCUCAUACAGAGUUAUGUCAACAACGCCCUCGAUGAGCUCAGCAGUAUCGAGCAGGAGAAACCUAUUCUUGAAUACAUGACUAAGCGUGGGGAACACGUACCGAAGGAGAAGGCUCGCAUGCCGCCCCUGAAGCCGGUGAUCAUCACCCGUGACGCGGUACAGAAGUCCAUCUACGGACUCGGGUACCCCUCAAUUCCCACCAUGACUAUUGAGGAGUUCUACGACAACCGCGUGCGGGAGGGACUUUUCCCCGGGUCGUGCACUUCGAUACAGCAGACGACCAUUCAGAGCUCGGAGGCUGACGCGGACGGCGAGGAGGCCGACAAGAUCCAAAAGGAGAAGCUGACGGAAGCAGAUGACCCUGAGCACCUGGCUCGGCAGCGCAACUUCGAUGAGUACAAGGAUGACCACCGCCGCGGCUGGGGCAACCGAUACAACAGGAGCUAGACGUAUAACUUGUCUUCUGUAUGUCUGAGUAUGAUACAAUAGGGUAUUUGACCGGGUCAAAGAUAAAUGAUAGAAUGCUAAUCUAUCCAGAAGCCAAUCUAAGAUGAUCAAAAACCAAUCUCAUUUUACUUAUCGACUUAUUUCCGAAUUUUAUUUAUGAAUUACUAGCGACCCGACCCGGCUUCGCUCGGGUGCAAUGCUGAGAAAAAAAAAUGAAAUUAUUUACGACAUCACAUUAAAAACCUCAAAAAACAGUAUUUCUCCACUAUUUAAAGGAUGGUAUUGUACAUAUAAACCUUCCUCUUGAAUCAUUCUAUCUAUUAAAAAAAACUGCAUCAAAAUCCGUUGCGUAGUUCUAAAGAUUUAGGCGUACAUAGGGACAUAGGGACAGAAAAAGCGACUUUGUUUUAUACUAUGAGUACGACGUUUGACCGCUUUUGUUGAUGACGUCACAGGACAGUAUUUCCAUACAAACUGCAAAGAAAAUUUCGUUUUGACGUUUCGUAAAAAGCGAUAUCAUUUGAUUAAAUUCUAGGUCAGCUAGGUGUAAUUCUAGGUUGUCAAGUAGCCUAUUAUAAAUAUUAGACGUGCACCGAAUAGUUUAAAAUGAUCGAAAAACAUACUAUAAAACAUAGAGCUCAGGUUCCGUUGCCGGCAGCACACCCUUGUCGCCAAAAUGCGACCGAACACGGCGGAAUCAACGAGUCGCCUGCGGUUGCAUUCACUCUCUUUAUCUCGCUCUAGGAAAUGAUGGUUAUGAUCGACAGAAAAGGAUAGAAUGCGGUCAGAUGUGGUUCAACCCUAAAACAUGUGUUUUACGACUAUUGAAAUGUUUAUUCGUAUUGUGUUAUGGCAAAAGCCAGUGCGUAAUAAACCACGCGCUGCUCUGUGGGUGUCGUGGAAUUAUUUAAAUUCUAAUCUAUGAUGUACUAAACCUAUUUAUGUAGUAAAGUCAUGAAUAAAUGAAUUUGUUAACUA